GGGGGGGGGGGGGGUGUCGCGGACGCCUCGGACUUGCGGCGGCGCAAUCGAACUCCGGAGGACCGGCGGCGUCACGGGCAGAAGCGGACGGGCCGGCGGCGGUGCUGCUGCACCAGGCCGCCGCCACGGGGCACCACCUCCAGCUCAUCCACGAGCAGCACCACCACCACAAGCUGCCGCCGCAGCAGCAAUCGGCCCCGGCGAGAUGGGCUCCACAGUACCACCACCAGCAGCCGUACUAGCACCACCACCAGCAGCACGAUGGUGCGACGGUGCAGGCAGCGCCAUGAUGCUCCAUGUCGGCGGCGGCAGUGGCGACGACGAGGCAGCCCCGGGAGCCGGCUCCGGCGGUGGAACGGCGACGAGAAGACCUCCAUCAAAAAACCCACCUGAUUGUAGAACAGAAGAUAGGACAAAAGAAUGGCAAAUCAAAGCAACCGGUGAGCAAGCACAAUUGGCACAUGCUUCAGAUACGUGGUCCUCCAUGAAAGCUGAACUGAUGAUAAAAGGAUGAUAUGCUGUGGUGAAUAUGGAGGCAAAGAAUGAAGCCAUGUUGUCAUAUGGAAAUGUUUCAGUUCUCCAAUCUGAUAUGAGGUCUUUUACAGUGCACAAUACUACCACUUGAUAGUAUGUAGUAUGGAAAAGAUCUGACCAUCAAUUAGAAGGGGUAAGAAUGUAAUUGGUAAUUUAAUAUAAUAAAUUGAGGACAAUUAGAGAUUUUUUACAUUUCA